CUCGAAGCAGCAUUGCAGCUCUUCAUCAUCUCAUCUUGUUGCCAUGUCCACAUUCUUGGGUUCGCCGUUCCUCUACACCGGUGCCGACCCUCCUCGCCUGUGAUCGUCUUCUAUUUUUCUCACAGCGUUCCAUGUCGCUGGCAUAGCAGCAGUAUAUAUCCACCCACCAUCGGGUUGUCGUGAACACUUUACUUACGCAUUCGGCCAUUCACAUACCGCCUCGACUCUCUAGCCUGACCACCAUCCAGCAAUUGACUACACCGCUCGUCAUCACUACUACCGUGGCUCCUGUUGGCGCCCUUACAUUAUCGGAUCCACGACUGCGGUGCUACCACCACGACGAAUAUUAGAAGAACCUUUUAAGCAUCGUGCUGCAGCCAUCGACUGGAAUUGGUCAACACUAGCACAUUCCCUACAGCCACGCAGAACCUCAUCGACCUGAUUGGAGCCAACAUGUUCUACACCAUGUACCUGUCGAGUGUCUGCCAACGACGUCAGUGGCCCGAGCCUCACUACGAGCCUUACCGCACCCGUUCAGGCUGGCAUUGCAAGGUCCGUGUCAACAACCGAGAAUACUGCACCGAAGUGCCCUACGCUUCGGAAAGUCUGGCACGAGAUGGAGCCGCUCAGAAGGGAUACAUGAUCUGCCGGAACUUUUCUGUCAAUGAUGGAAUGGGACCUGGCCAACGACCUGGACAAACUGUACAGGGUUUACCCGUCGCCAUUGGCACUGGAAGAGGUGGCAAGAGGGGCUCUGCUGCUAGUUACGAUACUGCGAGCACGGAUGGUACCAGCAGUGGCGGCAACAGUCCUCGCAGCACCGAAAGUGGGUUCGAACAGCAGAUCCGACAAGUCACUCAGCAGGUGCCUAAGCCAUCCACACAGCAACCUCGCCGGACAAAGGCCGCCACGGACGGGUAUAUGUGCUACUGCCAACGAGCACCGGUCCGAGCCUAUGGACGAUGUGGAUGGUGCUUGCAAGAGAGUGGAUGGCAGUAAAGAUGACGGCCACGACGACCAUGACCAAAAGCCCAAGCAUAUCAUCAUUGGGAGCGAGCGUGUUUUCCAUUGGAGCAGCAUCUGCCUCUUCUGUUUUCCUUGUUUCAUCUGUGUACGAGAAUGGGUGCCGCGAGGCAUAUUUGACGAAUAUCUAACGAAUUUACUAUUACUACCUGGAAUGGAACGAGACGGGUGGAACGAGAAGCAUUCUACUCUACUCUAUAGUAUUACGAUUAUCACGACGAAAAUUUACGACGACCAGACCACUGUCAUUUCACUGGCGUUCGUUCACUUUUACAUAUCCUCCUUCGCUUUCCAGGGUAGUCCACCCGAGGGCACCAUCACUUCCACGAUUGUCGGGCCUCGCAUCUGUACUGCGGAAGAAGGUAGCGACCAAAAGUUUCACUGUGAGGAGCCACCGUCGUUUGGACGUUCGCACGGGCAGGCUAUACGAAUUGUGCCAAACGAAGGAGUGGGUCACGAAAGAAAGAAGCCAAAAAGCGAAGCGAAGGACCAACUGCGUGUCGAUCAUUGUAAUUUUUUUCCAAGGCAAUUUAGAUGCACACGAACGUUGAGAAGGAAUGACAUGGAACGCGAUUGUUGCAUGUGA